AACAAUGGUGGUGGAGGAAGAUAGGAUAAGCAAUUUAUCAGAUGAUAUCCUCCACUGCAUUCUCUCUUUCAACCCAACCAAAGAUGCCGUUAGAACAGGAGUUCUUUCCAAAAGGUGGAUUCAUGUAUGGCGUUCUAUUCCUCUUCUCAACUUCAGCAACAUCAAAUUACCAGACAUUGUAUCCAUUCACCUCUUCAAUCGCUUCCUCCACUCCGUCAUAGCUUCUCGAGUCGCCAAUGCCGGUAUCAACACUUUCCACCUUGACAUUGCAUAUGCUAAACUUGAUAAUGCUAAAUCUCUUAUCAUUCCCAAUCUCAUCAUAUGGCUUAAUUUCAUCGUUCAACGCCAACUGAACUAUCUCGAUCUUCAUUUCAAUUUGCUCAAUGCUGCUAACUGUUUUUAUGAACGGCCCAGAUUUCCCAAUAUUGUCUUUAGUUGCAAAACUUUAGUUGUUCUAAACCUUAGUUGGUUUAGUGUAGAUGGCUUUGCUGUGUCUUGCAGUGGAUUUGGAUUUCCCUCACUCAAAACCCUUAAUUUGAAAAAUAUUAAUUUCUAUGAUCAUCAAGUUUUCAUUUUGCUUCUUGCUGGAUGUCCAGUUCUUGAGGAUAUAAAGUUAUGCAAUAUAGUUUUCUUGUCGUGGAAGGUGGACUAUCCAGCUGCUGAAAGGUUGUACUUAAGCAAGUUGAUUAGAGCAGAUAUCACCGACUGUCCGUGUUUCCCGAUUAAAGCAGUCUCUAAUUUGGAGUUUCUGCGAUUUCAAAUGAGGAUGGAGUUUCAUGAACUUCCUAUCUUUCAUAAUUUGACCCACUUGGUGAUCAACAAUAUUUCGGAUUUGGUACUAAAGUUGCUCCACUACUGCCCUAAACUUCAAAAUCUUGUCAUUUACCAGAAGACACAAACUGAGUGGGAUACGAACUUUGAAGCCGAACAAGGAAGUUGGUUGCCCCAAAAGUCCGUUCCACAAUGCUUUUCAUCAAAUCUUCGAACUUGCAUUAUUCGGGACUUUGCAUUUCUUGACCUAGAACAUGACAUGAUGUUAGCAAGACAUAUUCUAAAUAAUGCGGGAGUUUUAGAAACCAUGACAAUAUCAAUAUGGGGUGAUAAGGAGCAACAUGAAAUCGAGAUGGAAUUAUCCUCAUAUCCAAGGGCCUCCGCAAAAUGUCAACUUCAGUUUAUUGAUAACAAAUAUGAUAUGUAAUGUAAGCAGUAGUGUCUCUAUCGUGUCUGUUGUUUCCUUAGCUUCUACUAUGCAAUUGUUGAUUUGGUGGUUUAAACUAUGAAUUAUGAACUAUGUGCCUGCUCUACAUUUGCGUCUACCAUGCAACUGUUGUAUAACUGUAUUUGAUGGUUUGAUGAAUUAUGUGCUAAGAAGGACACCGAAUUUGUCUUGUGGACAAGUUAAUGAAAAAUUAUCCUUAAAUGA